AUGCCGGUGCGCCGGGGCCAUGUGGCCCCCCAAAACACCUACCUGGACACCAUCAUUCGCAAAUUUGAAGGACAAAACCGCAAGUUCCUCAUUGCCAACGCCCAGAUGGAGAACUGCGCCAUCAUCUACUGCAACGACGGCUUCUGCGAGAUGUUCGGCUACUCGCGCGUGGAGGUGAUGCAGCAGCCCUGCACCUGCGACUUCCUCACGGGCCCCGACACCACCAAGAGCUCCAUUGCCCAGCUCACCCAGGCCCUGCUGGGCUCCGAGGAGUGCAAGCUGGAGAUCCUCUACUACCGCAAAGACACAUCGUGUUUCCGCUGCCUGGUGGAUGUGGUGCCUGUGAAGAACGAGGAAGGCGUCGUCAUCAUGUUCAUCCUCAACUUCGAGGACCUGGCCCAGCUGAUCGCCAAGAGCACCGGGCGGAGCCUGCACCAGCGGCUGUCGCACAGCUGGAACAAAGGUGAAGGUAGGAGUUUGAAGUUUAGUCUCCCGUCCCUGCGGCGCCUCAAAAUCCAGCGGAAAUCUCUGCCCACCAGUGAGUUUGAUGGAGUAGCCAUUGACUAUGGAAAGCCUGGUGGUGACUCCCUGAUUUUGAGGGACUUGAAGACAUCGCCCAAGGAAAACUGUAUGCAGUCAGAGACCGAAUCCCUCCUGGAAAAGGAGCGGAGGCCAAGCCUGGAGGCCGACCCCACCCUACAACACUCGUCCCCGAAACAAGAGCCUCCCGUGCUGGGCCCACACCCCGCAUGGGGUUUCUUUCGGUCUCGCCCUGGGGGCAGCUUCCACAGCCUCCGCAGGGUCUCCUCCUUGGACAACUUUGAGGCUGCGAGGUCUGAGUUCCAGAGAAAAUUCAGGGAAAGGAGGGCAAACUCAGAGGCUUCCCACGUCAAACCCAACCCCCCGAACUCCACGUCGGACUCGGACCUCAUGAAGUACAGGACCAUCAGCCAGAUCCCCCAGUUCACGCUCAACUUCGUGGAGUUCAACCUGGAGAAGCACCGCUCAGGCUCCACCACAGAGAUCGAGAUAAUUGCUCCCCACAAGGUGAUGGAGCGCACCCAGAACGUCACCGAGAAGGUCACACAGGUGCUGUCCCUGGGUGCCGACGUCCUUCCCGAGUACAAGCUGCAGGCGCCGCGCAUCCACCGAUGGACCAUCCUGCACUACAGCCCCUUCAAGGCCGUGUGGGACUGGCUCAUCCUCCUGCUGGUCAUCUACACAGCCGUCUUCACCCCCUACUCAGCCGCCUUCCUGCUCAACGAGGAGCAGGUGGAGGAGAAGCGCUGGGACUGCAGCUACUCCUGCGACCCGCUCAACAUCAUUGACCUCAUCGUGGACAUCAUGUUCAUCGUGGACAUUGUCAUCAACUUCCGCACCACCUACGUCAACAUCAACGACGAGGUGGUGAGCCACCCCGGCAAGAUCGCCAUCCAUUACUUCAAGGGGUGGUUCCUCAUCGACAUGGUGGCUGCCAUCCCCUUCGACCUGCUCAUCUUCCGCUCUGGCUCUGAUGAGACCACCACCCUCAUUGGCCUCCUGAAGACGGCCCGGCUGCUGCGCCUGGUGCGGGUGGCACGGAAGCUGGACCGCUACUCGGAGUACGGAGCAGCCGUGCUCUUCCUGCUCAUGUGCACCUUCGCCCUCAUCGCCCACUGGCUGGCCUGCAUCUGGUACGCCAUCGGCAACGUGGAGAGGCCCUACAUGGAGCACAAGAUCGGCUGGCUGGACAACCUGGGUGACCAGAUCGGCAAGCGCUACAACGACAGCGACCUCUCCUCUGGCCCAUCCAUCAAGGAUAAAUACGUCACUGCCCUCUACUUCACCUUCAGCAGCCUCACCAGCGUGGGCUUUGGCAAUGUCUCGCCCAACACCAACUCCGAGAAGAUCUUCUCCAUCUGUGUCAUGCUCAUUGGCUCUCUGAUGUACGCCAGUAUCUUCGGCAACGUCUCAGCCAUCAUCCAGCGCCUCUACUCAGGCACAGCACGCUACCACACGCAGAUGCUGCGGGUCAAGGAGUUCAUCCGCUUCCACCAGAUCCCCAACCCCCUGCGCCAGCGCCUGGAGGAGUAUUUCCAGCACGCCUGGUCCUACACCAACGGCAUUGACAUGAACGCGGUGCUGAAGGGCUUCCCUGACUGCCUGCAGGCCGACAUCUGCCUGCACCUGAACCGCACGCUGCUGCAGAACUGCAAAGCGUUCCGGGGAGCCAGCAAGGGCUGCCUGCGCGCCCUGGCCAUGAAGUUCAAGACCACUCAUGCCCCACCCGGAGACACCCUGGUGCACUACGGAGAUGUCCUCACCACCCUCUACUUCAUCUCCCGGGGCUCCAUUGAGAUCCUCAGGGAAGACAUUGUGGUGGCCAUCUUAGGGAAGAAUGACAUCUUUGGGGAGCCCAUCAGCCUCUAUGCCCGCCCAGGGAAGUCCAAUGCUGACGUGAGGGCCCUGACCUACUGUGACUUGCACAAGAUCCAGCGUGAGGACCUGCUGGAGGUCUUGGACAUGUACCCAGCCUUCUCUGACAACUUCUGGAGCAAUCUAGAGAUCACCUUCAACCUGCGAGAUGCAGACAGCGUUCCCCGCUCACCCCUCAGCGAGGAGUACGACUGCACCUACCGCCGGGCUCGCCGCCGCAAGCACUCCCCGUGCCAGCCCCACAAGCCCGACCCAGACACGGGCAUCUCUGACCCAGAGCAGUAUCACACCUACUCCGAGCUCACCAACCCGCAGGAGCCGCUGAGUAAGGACCAGUGGGACGACCUGGGCAGCAGCACCUCUCCCUGCUCCCAGGCCAGUGAUGAUGAGGCCAAGACUGGCAGCCCUGUGAAAGCUGAGCCCUUCCCCACACCCAAAAAGGAUGACUUGGCUCUGCCCUCGCUCAGCCUCAUCACCACCAGCGCUGGCAACACGGAGCUUGGCAAGCAGGCAGCAGAGAGCAGCCAGUCCUACACAGCCACUCCCCUGGAUAUUCCCAACAUGUUCAGCUUCUGGGAGGACCGGCAGGCAGCCCACCCUGCAGAGCCCCUGCAGCACAUCUCGCUGGUGCACAGCUCGCAGGACGUGCCCCUGCACGGCGACUGCAGGCCAGGGCACAUCGAGUCCAGGCUGGAGCUCCUGCAGGCCCAGCUCAGCAGGCUGGAGUCCAGGAUGUCGUCAGACAUUCAUGUAAUCCUGCAGCUCCUGCAGCGCCAGCUGUCCCAAGUGCCGCCCGCGUACAGCCCCAUCUCGCCCAGCUCCCAGAGCCUGGCCAUGUACGGCAUCGUCCCGCGGAGCCUGGAGCCGCUCGGCCCCUGUGCAACGCUGCAGGACCAGGAGCUGCCCACCCAGGAGCAGAGCCCGAGCUACACGGAGGUAGAAAAGUUCCACUUGAAAUCCAGGGACUCCUUGUCAAGCGGGAUGCAGCUGUCUGUGUCAUCUGACAAAACCCUGACCGUCUACUCCGAGCAGGAGCACCACUCCCCACCUCUCCCCAGCCCAGAGCCUCCCCACCAAAGGGCACCAAGCACCCAGGGACUCUCGAGGGGCUCUCGUUUCCCUUCCCUCCCCGAGCACUUGGAGGCAUCUUCCGAGCACCAGGACAUUCAGAGACACCUCUCCGACCCCGUGCUUCCUGCAAGUUAG